GAUCAAAGUUCCUAUGUUCAGAAGUAAUAGCCCCCAUAAGAAGCGAGGUGGAUGACAUUAGUCUUAUAAUAAUUAACUUCGAGGACCUCACAACGGUACCAGCGUCCUCUCUAGAGAAUAGUCCUAUUGGCAAAAAUAGGUUAAGUAAAUUUGGAAGAGCAAGAGCGUCAUUUCGACAAAGUCUAAAAUUCGGAUCGAGUAUAAGGGGAAGAGGACUCCGGUUAGCAGGGUAUCUUACUCCUCCCAGUGAUGUAACAGCUGCGGAGGAGGAAGAAGACAGAUUGGAGCAAUGUCCUUUGACCUCAAGUGCUCCUCCACCGAUCCUGGAACAGACAUGGGUGUCAAAAUCGGACCUUCCAUCGGCACCGGCACUGACAACUAUCCCCAUACCUGCUCAAACUCAAGACUAUACAGCCUUGACGAUAUCACAUAGUGCGCCUACCAGCCACCAGGCGUCGUUCGAAAGGGGCGAGAGUGCGGAAAGGACGCGGCCUAUGAUCCCGAAUAAUAGUAGUAACAAUAAUAAUAGGCAGCAUCACAUAACUCAGAACAGAGUAUCGCAUGCAACGAGUUUAGAUGCCAUAGCUAGAAGACAAUGCUUUAAAACAGGAUACCCCACCGUUAGUCUUUCAAAUAAACCUCAACUGAGCAAACAGUUCCCCAACGUUUCGUCCGAGAGCGAUCUUCAGAGGUACCGCACCGCCCAACAAUCGAAUGACAGAAGAAGUCCAAGUCUGUCAAAUCCGACUGAUUCUCUCAAGCAAAAGUUUUCAUUUCAAGACAAUGGAUCAGCUAAAUAUUUCCAAAGCGGAAUCCAUACUCCAAAGAUGGGUGAAAAAGUUGCUCAGAGUAAGAUAACGGUACAAGUGCCACGAUUAGCUGCGGAUUAUGUGGAGGCAAGAGCGUGGUUCGUUUCAUAA